UCCUGGAGCGAGGGCUUUCACAUGGGGAUGGUGAGAGGAAAGGACUACCAACCAUCUGGAUAUGGUGGAACAGCUUCAAAAUAACUUCUGGUCCAUUUAUUUAACCCCCCAGUCUACGGUAAUGCUACCAUUUUGACACUGGGUUGGUAUACCUGUGGGCAAUGGGGAUGCCAGGGAGAACACAGAGAGUGCAGGUCAUUAUUUGCCUUUGGAGUUGGCUUCAAGCAAUGUGCUCUAUGCAGGAUCUGGAUCCCAAGGGGGUGAAUGUUUGUAUAUCAGAAAGUGUCACCAAGGAGCUUGUGUGCUGCCCAGGAUGGAAACAGGAAGGGCGAGCAUGUACAGUUGCAAUCUGUGAAGGAGAAGAUACCUGUAAAACAGAUGAAGUAUGUAUUAGGCCUGGAGUCUGCCGCUGCAAACCUGGGUACUUUGGAGCCAGUUGUAACUCACGUUGCCCUGACCAGUAUUGGGGAUCAGACUGCAAGCAAAGCUGCUCCUGUUUUCCUAAUGGGAAGUGUGACCCUGUAAGUGGGCAAUGUACCUGCUAUUCAAAUCGAUGGGGACCUAACUGCCAGCAUCCCUGCCACUGCUCCCAACAUGGAGCCUGUAACCCUCUCACUGGUGUAUGUCACUGUGAGAAUGGAUGGUGGACCCCCUAUUGCAACAAGCAGUGCCACUGCAACCUGCAGACAUCUCGCUGCAGCCAAGCUACUGGCCAGUGUAUUUGUGACACAGGAUGGUGGGGUCAGAAAUGCAGUGUGAAAUGCAAUUGCAACAACUCACCCUGCCUUCAGAUCAAUGGGAGAUGCAAAUGUCAAGAAGGCUGGUGGGGAGUUUCCUGUGAGUACCAGUGUGACUGUCUGCAUGGCAAAUGCAGCCCCCUGAAUGGAAAGUGUGACUGUCAUGUGGGAUAUCAAGGAGCAAGCUGUGCAGAUCCUUGCACUCCCGGCACAUAUGGAACCAACUGUAAAAACAGAUGUGGGCACUGCAAACAGGGACAGAUUUGCUCCCCGGUGGAUGGCCUUUGUCUGUCCUGUGACCCAGGCUGGAAUGGGACCCAUUGUGACCAGCCAUGUCCAUCAGGAUAUCAUGGAGAAAACUGUGGACAAAGAUGCCCAAAAUGCCGCGGAACGGAGGAAUGCAAUAGGGAGACUGGGACAUGCGAACAUUGUGAUGCUGGGAAACUGGGGCCUAGAUGUGAUUCGAAAUGCCCACCGGGAAGCUAUGGGGAAAGAUGCCAGUAUCUGUGUCCUGUCUGUAUUUAUGGAACCUGUGACCCCAAAACUGGAGAGUGUAUCUGUGAUGCCGGAUUUUGGAAACAAAGUUGCAACGAGACAUGCCCUCGUGGCUAUUAUGGAUUAAACUGCUCAAGCACCUGCGAUUGCAAUGGGGGCCCCUGCAGCCCAAUAUAUGGAACAUGCCAAUGGACAUCCAGUCAAAAAGGAGCUCUCGUUGCUGGUGUCCUUGUGUCUGUGUUGUUCUUCCUUUUCAUUUUGUGCUGUUGCUGCUGUUGUGGAACUGACCAGUCUGAUUCAAAAAAUAGGGUAUCCCAAGAAGGAGGAACCUUUUCAAGAAUGAAGCAUAAUUUUCAAGGGACCUUGGCAAACAUAAGUUCACUGUUGCCCUGUUGUUCUGUUGGGAGUACUAAACUCUCCUGGGUAACUGUUUCUCACCAUGAUGCAGAGCUUCCCUUCAAUCAUAGUUUCAUUGAGUCCCCUUCCACUGGCUGGUUGUCUGAGAACUCCUUCUCUUCAUUUGAAUCAGAUGAAGGUGGUCCAGUCUACUGUGUUCCUCCAAGAGAAGGAAUGUCCAUAGCUGAUCUUGAUGGAUUUCAGGAGAUAAGUUCUAAAUGCAACGUUUUUCCAGAUUCUUUGGCUUUCAACAGAGAUGAUGUCUCCCAGCCAUUUUCUAUCCCCAGGACAUCUAGCAUCGCCAAAGCCAAACGACCUUCGGUGUCAUUUGCUGAGGGGACUAAAUUUGGGAGUAGAAGGUCAUCAGCCACUGAGACACCCAAUCUUGUUCGCAAACCAAAACUUGCUUUGAGCCUUCCAAAACUGCCUUCCAUUCACUCACAGUCUAUAAAUAGAGAAGAUCUCACUCACAGUGAGCAAGCCAAUGAUUUCUAUGAAAAGGUUUGCAUUAACCAGGGGCCAGAAGAUCAUCCUAAAGUGCAUAGAAAUGUGCCUGUAGGACGCAGGAGGACUAUGUCUAAUGCUCAGAAGGUAGCACUGAAAUCUGAAGUAGUAGAAUCUAGUGUAAUAGAAAAUGUUUACGAUACAAAACGUAAAAGCACUGGUGUUACUACUGUUUAUGUGAGUGUUGGACCUCCAAAAAAGGUUUACAAACCUCGGAGAAGAUCAGAAGGUAAUAUUGAUGGAGCUGUGCAGGCUGUAUUAAAACGUUUGGGCAGCUUUCAGAAAGGUAUUCCAAAACCUGCUAGAAAAAAUUUGCAUCAGACAUCAAAUGCUAAAAUUCCACAAUCGAAGAUAUCUGAGGAAGAAAGUUUCCCAACAGACAGCACAAACUCUAACUCUCCAAGUGCUAAAUUUCAGGACAAUCAAGCAAGGAAAGUGCUUAUGCCAACAUCUUCUAUACUUAAGAAAAUUCCGUCCAGAGCUGAGGAGGGGACAGAAUAUGUGCACAGUUCUGAUAAGCUUGAGAAUAUGUAUUCCAGCUUGGCUGAACCCAUUGCACUACUGGAACAAGCUAAAUACACAGAGCAUAUUUAUCAUACUACAGAGAAUACAGACUCAGAACCAAAGUAUGAAAAUAUAUCAGUUACAAAAUGCAAUAAGACUAAUGAUAUAGAGGCAUCUAGUCUAUAUGAAGACGCUUAAAGGAUAAGUCAACUAGAUAACGUUUAGACCAAGACCUUAAUUGCUUUAAAUAAGCAUAUUAAAUCUAAAUGCACAAAUAUUCACUGGAAAGUAGCCUACUAUGUGUAGUUUUUUUCAAAGAAAGAUAUAUAAAAACUUUAAUAACUUAA